UCUGCCGGUGGAGAGCAGGGCGCCUGGGGCCGCCGCCGUCUUCCCGAGGAGGCUCUGUGGCUCUGUUGAGAACCAUGCUCGGGAGGCAGCUCGUCUGUUGGCACUUGCUGGCUUUGCUUUGCCUCCCAUUUUGCCUGUGUCAAGAUGAAUACAUGGAGGUGAGCGGAAGAGCUAAUAAAGUGGUGGCGAGAAUAGUGCAGAGCCACCAGCAGACUGGCCGUAGCGGCUCCAGGAGGGAGAAAGUGAGAGAGCGGAGCCAUGCUAAAACUGGGACUGUGGAUAAUAACACUUCUACAGACCUAAAACCCCUGAGACCAGAUGAGCUUCCGCACCCCGAGGUAGAUGACCUAGCCCAGAUCACCCCACUCUGGGGCCAGUCUCCACAAACCGGAGGACUGCCCCCAGACUGCAGCAAGUGCUGCCAUGGAGACUACGGCUUCCGCGGGUACCAAGGUCCGCCUGGGCCUCCAGGCCCUCCUGGCAUUCCAGGAAACCACGGAAACAAUGGCAAUAAUGGAGCCACUGGCCACGAAGGGGCCAAAGGUGAAAAGGGAGACAAAGGUGACCUGGGUCCUCGAGGGGAGCGGGGGCAGCACGGCCCCAAGGGAGAGAAGGGCUACCCUGGGAUUCCACCAGAACUGCAGAUUGCAUUCAUGGCAUCUCUGGCAACUCACUUCAGCAAUCAGAACAGUGGGAUCAUCUUCAGCAGUGUUGAGACCAACAUUGGAAACUUCUUUGAUGUCAUGACUGGUAGAUUUGGGGCCCCAGUAUCAGGGGUGUAUUUCUUCACCUUCAGCAUGAUGAAGCAUGAAGAUGUUGAAGAGGUGUAUGUGUACCUUAUGCAUAAUGGCAAUACAGUCUUCAGCAUGUACAGCUAUGAAACAAAGGGGAAGUCAGAUACAUCCAGCAACCAUGCAGUGCUGAAGCUGGCCAAAGGGGAUGAGGUUUGGCUAAGAAUGGGCAAUGGUGCUCUCCAUGGGGACCACCAGCGCUUCUCCACUUUUGCAGGCUUCUUGCUCUUUGAAACUAAGUAAACAUGAAUAGGAAUAGUUCUACUUUGGGGAACAUUUGUAGCUGAGCUGGGAUUGUUAUGAUAUGAGGAACAAUAAAGUUGAGGGUUCUAAAGCCUGUAUUUAAAAAAAAUUAUUGGUUACAUUGCUAAUCAUGCUACAGGUACACCAAUACUGUUAAAGACUCAGGGUCUCAGCAUAUAAACCAUGUGAGUUUUCAGAGAUGACCUUGACUAAUAUACCCAGCACUUUUAUCACUCUUCUCUGGCACUAAAGGAGAAUUCUCCUCUGAUGCAGACUGGAAAUCAUUGUUCCUAUCAGAGAAGUCAUUUUAAAAAAGUUUUUAAGUUGAUAUAAGCGUUCAGGAGCCUCUGAAGUUCUUCGUAAUGUUUCAGAGAAUAUGAUACAAUGAUCAUGAUGGAGCUGGGGCAAGAACAGAGGCACUAGCCAGGACCUGGGUACCAGAAACAUCUGUAAAGUCCAGACUGGGAAGUAACAGUGAUCCAGUGGGUCAGUGUUCUCAAAGUCUAAGUGUUGUCUGGUAAUUCCACAUAGUUUUUAGGUAGAAGAAGUAUUGACAAAGCCCACAAAGAAUUGACUCCUCUUUUAAAAAUAGAGAUAUUUCUGUUGUGAAAUCUUUACUUCUAAUGCUUGUACUUUUAGAAAUAGAAUUUUCUCAUGAUCCAGACUGUAGAUUGUCAAUCUGGGGUGUUUGUCAGAUUGAAUCUUUGUCACUGUAUUUCUUGAGUUGCAGUGGAUCUUUGAUGACUUUGGGCUGCAUGACCAGCUGAGAUGGUCUCUUAAUGAUGCAUGUCUCUUGAGGACAAAAUCUUUUUUAAGAAAAUUUGGAAAUUACUCCAACAAGUUAAUCCUUUGCACAUGCUAUGUCAUGUUGGAGGGGCUAUAAACUCUAUUGUGCACAGUCCAACUAAUGGCUACACAAGGACAUUCCAUUUAAGAGACAGGUGAGAAACCUUUUGGUCAAGAAAAAAAUAUGAUUUCAUGUAUUGAUUACUGUAUUAAGCCAUAUUCACAGAGCAACUUUUACAUACCAUGUUUGUAAGAGGUGCCCCUAGCUGUUGCCUCUGCUUCCCCACCCCAAAAUCUAUUCUCAGAGGAAUAAAUUUGCUGCCAAAGCAACAUUUGCAAGAAUAUGCCAUAAGUUCUGUAGAAAGUAUGUAAAUAUGGUACCCCUAGCUGAUUGGUCUUAAACAAAGGAAACUUCAUUGGAAUAUGCAUUUACUCUGAUGUUGAGCCAUAUUUAAAAUGCACCAAAGAGAGGCCUAUCUGAAAAAUAUGCAAUGAAUUCUCUUUGAAAUAAUGAACCCUCCAGUUAUUCUGUAUUUCCACAAAAGCUUUUUAAUUAUGGAUUUCUUAGUGUUGCUCACCAUUCCAUGUGAGGUGGGGAGAAGUAACGAGGGCAGCUCAGUACUAACUCAGUACCCCUUUUGCUCAGUUCAGCUUUUGACUCUUUCCUUUGAUCCACAAGCCUUUUGAAACUCUUUCAGAAUCCACAUGUAAUGCUAUCUUAAUGUGUAUGGUUAGUAGCUAUAACUGGCUUGGCCAGUAAUGAUUUUGUGAUUAUGUAUAUGUUUGUCUACUCUAGGCUAUUUGGUUAUGUGGUUGAAGUUGAAGUUUAUUCUGAUCAAAUAUCAUAAGUAUUUCAUAGAAAUGUAUUAUCAAUAAAUAAUUGAAUGAUGUGUGUUGACCAAAAAGAUUCAUAUCUGGAAAGCAUACGUUGCCUAAUGCACUAGAGGAAAAUUGUGGCCUGGCUUUAGGUAAAACAGCAAUAAAAAAUGUAACAAGCAAUAUGUGAAAAUAAAUAUG